AACAAAUGUUACUUGGCAAAAAUAAAAGAACAUCUCAUACAAAUGCCUCUGCUUUUUAAUCAGACGUUUAUCUCAUUAACGCUUGCAGUGCCCUGUAUUUUACAUGUAUAUCGAUGCUUCAGUCAAAAGUGGCUGAAAGUUAUUUUAGACUUAGGAAAAACCCAAAGAACACAAGUACAAUUUGACUCAAUGCUUGCCAGUAGAAUCUUACGUGCUGCAACAGUUUCAGAAGAUAUAUUUUGAAAUAGAUUUAGUGAUAUCCGAAACAAGUGGAUAAUUCAGAUCACCGAGCCCUCCUGACUCUCUGUCUCUUUGGACCCUCGCAAGAUGCGAGAACUACAUGAAAAUGAAGACAAACGUUACAUUGUGUUAGAGAUACUUGGAUUAAUGAAUAAAGAAUCACGUGUUCUUGAGGAGACAAAUUUAAUAAAUUAUGAAUCCGUUCUUAAGCUCAAGUUCUUCCUAAAGUAAAGCCAUAUCAAAUUGCAAAUUAUAGUGUCAACAAAAACUUAAACGUGAUAACCAUUUCUAAAAAAGCUGUGGCGACAAUGUAUUUUCCUGGUGUAGGGGGGAGGAAAUUUUGGUUUCCUUUUAGCUUCUCAAAUUCUUCUUAAUUUUGGUUUUAAAAGAAAAGUCUUCAAUCUCUAUAAUAUGCAAAAAAAAAGAACAGAAAUUCAAUAAAGACCAGAGCUUAUAUAAGUCAGUGAAUGUGAAUAUCGAAUAGAGGAGAACUAAUUCACCUAGACUUAUCGUGACUAGAUAAUUCAGCACGUCAACUCCUUUCCUUCGUACAUACACAAAAUACUGAAAUUUUGAGAUCAUGGUGAUUAAUUUUGUGUUUAUGUAGUAUUUUCUAAGAAAUAUACUCUCUUUGUUUCCAAAGUAAAAUUUUCUAGAGUAUUUACGCUUCUUAAAGAUUUAAUAAAUGUUUAUAAUUUAAUUUAUUUUUAAUUUUAUUAUACAAUUUCCAAUAACUUUCCACCAAUAAAAUUUAAUAAAUUCAAAUAUUCUCAAUUAAUGUUUUUCAAAAGUAUAAAAAGAUAUCUUAACAAUAUAGAAAUUUUUUCUUUGUGAAACAAGAAAAUAAUCUAAAAAAUAUUACUUUCAGGAACGGAUGAAAUAUAUUUUGGCUGUUUUAUAAAUUUUUGAGUUAUUAGCAACUUUUACAUUAUUAGUCACUUAAAUAUCCUAGUGUUUUGUACUAAUUUAUGUUAUUCGAAACAAAUUAAUGUAGAUUACAUUUCUUUAAUUUAUUAUCUUGCUAUAUAUACUGUGAAUCGUUGGAGAAAUAUAUAUAUAUAUAUAUAUAUAUAUAUAUAUAUAUAUUAACAUUAGGAAUUCAUUAAGGUACGUAAAAUCUCCAAAAGGAAAUCACAUAUCUAUUUUCUUCUCAAUGUUUACUGAGAUCAUAAUGGUGAUGCUAUUUAUAUGUUCGCAAGCUCUGCAACAAAAUAAAGAACCGACUUAUUUGAUAAGACCAUUUACAAGAAUUACAAUUCAAAAUAAUAAUGAAUAUCUUUUGGGAGUCCAUUGCAAAUCAAAAGACGACGAUAUCGGUUUUCGUAGUCUUAAAAAGGGUGAAAAAUAUAGUUAUAAGUUUCAUAUUAAUUUUCCAAAUAGUACACUCUUUUUCUGUAGAUUCAGCCGUGGACUAAUAAACAAAGGUGUUUUCGACCUUUACGUAGUUGAUAGAGAUUACAACAGAUGUACAAAGUGUUUGUGGAAAGCAGAAAAAGAUGGUCUUUAUGGAAAUGGCGAGUUCCCAAAACUAGCUCUUGUGUUUUUUAAAUGGAUAAAGUAAAUAUCAAAUUGUGUUGCUUUAAAAAUGUAAUGGAAGUAUGGAAUUUAUUAAAAUAUUGAUAAAAAUAAAAAUAAAACUGAUUAAAAUAUAAAUAAAACGACCUAUAUGUCCUAAAUACUUAUAUAUAUAAGUUUUGUUUUAUCUACUUGUUAUGUUUUCAAACCGUUAGAGCAUCAUUAGUGGUUAUAUACUCUUUUGAGUCUCUUAUCAUUUAUAUAUAACUAUAAUUUUAAAAUUAAAUGAUAAAAAUAAAAAAUAAA